UUCCGACAGAGCACCAGGCAGGAAGACAUGGCGGUGAAUUACGAAAAGUCCAUCGCGGUAAUUCUAUUAGCUGGGCUUACAGUUUUCGGGCUGCUAAUGCGACCUUCUGAAGCAGCCGCAAUACAAGGACGAAUUAUAUCGGGAACCAAGGCAAAACUUGGCCAAUUUCCCUGGCAGGUCAUUCUGAAGAGGGACGAAUGGGACGAUCUACUCUGUGGAGGAUCCAUCAUUUCCUCCACCUGUGUGCUGACGGCAGCCCAUUGCACAGUUGGCCAGGCCUCUGUCUUUCUAAUCUUUGGCAGCGUGGAGCUGAACAAUGAAAAUGCCCAGAGCAUGACGUCCACGAACAUCAUUGUGCAUCCAAACUACAAUGAAAAUUUGAAUAACGAUGUCUCGUUGAUAAAACUCCCAGAGGCACUGACAUUUUCAACUAGCAUUCAGCCCAUACAAUUGGUCACGGAGUCCCAGAAGUCGGAAAAUUUUGUGGGUACUAAGGCAGUCAUAGCAGGAUUUGGACUGAUGGACGACGAGUAUCUGGACUAUUCGCUGGAACUGUUGUAUGCCGAAGUGGAGAUCAUUGAGAACCAACGAUGCGUUCCCAUCUUUGGGACUAGCAUCGUGCUGGAGUCGACCAUGUGCGCCAUUGGCUUGGGAGGAAGCAACAUGUCCAUUUGCAGCGGCGACUCCGGCGGCCCUCUGAUCAUAUUCAACACCACCACCGGACAAUGGCAACAGAUCGGCAUUAAUUCGUUCGUCGCUGAGGAUCAGUGUACCGCCAGCUAUCCCUCUGGCUAUGUCCGUCUCACCUCCUUCCUGAGCUUUAUUGCCCAGAACACAGUGGGUGUUGUAUAAAGUCUGAACUGAUUUUAAUAAAAAAAAAAAAAAAA